AUGACAAAUACAGAAGCAAAUCCACAUAUUUCUAUGUCAACACUCGCAGGUCCGUCGAUCAAUUCUUGUUUGAGGUGGUCUAUUUUCAGUUUCAUGAGAGCGUGUUGCUCGUCCGGCGCCGGGGGGCUGCCGGGGCGAGGAGAUGCGCCUUCGGGACGUCGUUUCCAGUGCCAUUUCGUCCGCUGGGUGUGCUUGCUCUUCCUGCAGUAUUGCUGCAGUGCGACUUUCAGUGAUACUGGAGGAGUAUUGUCCGGCGGCGUGUACAACUCCCCAUCGCUUGUAGUUUUCGGUAUGAAGAAAAUUUUCUUGCAGAAGGGCCAGGGGGAUACGCGACUCCGAACACAUCAUGCCGCAGUGGCAAAGCAUUCCGCUGUACAGGACGAAGCGUUGGUGGAGAAUAACCGAAAGGAGAGUGACAGCCGUAUUGAACAAGAAGAAAAAGAAGCCGUUCAGUCGAAGGUACAAGCUGAGACGGAGCAGAACAAGAUGAAGCGUGGUGACACAACAACUAUCGUACACGAUCGAUAUAUAUGCACUGCAAGAAUGAUGUCAGGGACCGGGUCGGGAACAGAACUAACGAGGUACCUGCUUCACGAGAAACAGAAAUGUUUUCUGCAGUAAUCAUGCUUCUAGAAUGAUGUGCAUGUGCAUCGAUAACGAUAACGAGGUGCAGGCGAGAUGCUUGACCUAUAUUUCGUUUCUUUGAAGGUCUUUCGAACUUCAACUUCUUCCUGUCGCUGCCCUAUCAGUUUGCAUUUACUUUUUUUCAUGUUCUUUUUGUUCUGGAGACGUGCAGUCUCGAAUACUUGUUUUAUCAACCCUACACGGAUACGACUAGCUAGUGUAAGUCGUAGUACAACAAAGAGAAUAAUAAAUAUGUAAAUUUGUUUAUAUUCAGUCACCUUCCCAGACGGCCUUUUUUGCAUACGAUAGUGCGGAUUCUCAGUUACAGAGUACGUCGAGCAGCUGAUGCAGGAUUCGGCGGCAACAGCAACCGGUACCGGUGUACGUAGGUUGGAUUUGAAAGCGCAAGACUGCUCGACGAAGGAUAUUCUCGGAAAAUCCAUUUUUCCUGCCACUGUGCGCGUGUUGUAUUCGAGUAUCAUUUUGCAGUGUAUCUAUACAUAGCCUGAAGAUGAAUAUAGGCUUUGCGAGGAUGAGAAAGUGGUGUGCCUUUUACCUCGCAUUGUUUCUUGUGCUUCAUCUGGAGGAAGGGCUCCUGCACUCUCUUGCGGAUGGGUUGCUCCUGCACUCUGAUUUUUUCCCCUUUUUCUUGCUUUCGUGAAUCGCAAGUUAAGCAAGGGAGUACAACUUCUAGAACGGAUUGCAGUGGCACAUCAUUUUUUGCCUUCUAAAAACGUAGAUGGGACCACUUUGGUGCCCCUCGCCAACGUGUUCACCAAAAAGAUCGCAAGCGGCGACCUGACUCUCGUCGGCGGUCAGCUGCCGGCUGGUACGACCACCAAAAAUACUGCGGAACCGAACAUCUGGACACCAGAACCGGAGAUGUUCGAUGACAUGAUUGACAAGUGCAGCGCGAUUUGCUCUGGUGAGCCGGCUACUGCUAUCGCAUUCUUGAAAAGUGCCCCUACCCCGAAACUAAAUAACUUGGAAGCACUUGCGUUGCAAAGUUUCGCAAGGGAAGCAUUCGUUCCCCAGCUCGCAUGUGUUGAAAGCAACACAAAUUUCAUUCAAUGCAGAACAAGAGAAACAGAAAGCUGUGGUCGUGCAGGAAGGCCCGCCCCCAACAGCGAGAUUUGUCCUGUAAGAAGUGCGAGAUGGCCGUGGCCCGCCUGCACUCGUCUGGGUCAGGGAGACCCGUAGCUGUUUUAUGCAACCAUCCAAGAGAAAAAUUUGAAAUUCGCGGUAGGUAUUUGAGUUUGUGGUCUCCGCGGCCGGAUUACAACCAUCAAGACAACAAGUUUUCAUUUGAAGACGUUGCAGCACGAUCAUUUCCCGAAUUAUGUAUCUAUAAAUUUGCCAUAUCUGAGGGCAGAGCACUUCUUUUCGCUUUGACACCUGGAGCCGAGGCGUGCGGCGGCUUCUACGUGGAAAAAAGUACGAGGAUAUGCACUUUCCUAAAGCCCUUCAAUCCGCAGGGCUGCACGGCCAGCGACGCGCGGAGGACUUUUCGCCGGAUGCCCGGUACGCUUGUCGCUAGCCAGGAUGUGGAUCCGACACUCGUCGGCUCGGAUCGGUAA